GUCAACAGUGGCAAGAAUGUGGAAGAUAAGAGUUUGUGCGUGGACAUGAACUUAGACCCAGUCUCAAUUGAAACUCAGAACAUGUGAUUAGUUGCACGGCCUAUUCCGACCAUAUCUAUACUAAACAUUUCUUAAUCACUUCAUCCUUCAUUAUCUUAAUUAUAUCUCAACAUAAUAUAUCCCAACAAGACUCAGUAUAAAAAAAAAGCUAAUUAGUAAGCUAUUAAGACUUAUUAAGAUAUUAGUAAGUCAGAAACAUUUGAAAUUCUUCAUAGGUCAACAGCUGCUCCAUUGUUAAUAUUGUUAAAGCAACGAAGUCUGAAGGCCGUGGACAGAUUGUAUAAAGAUGGCAGCAUGAAAAAACAAAAUCUGACACGAAAUCCCCUCCUCUGACGUAGUUAGUCAGUCAACCAAACUGUUUUUGCCUUCUCUCCUGUUCUUAAGUAUUAAAAGCCCUCCCCAGAACACCCUGCUGAGAUUUGUUUGCAUCUCACUGCAAAAUGAGGUUGUGUAAGUGAGCCUAAUGUUAUCUAUUAUUGUAUGCGCUCUGUGUGGGAGAGUGGCAGACUAUAUGUUUAUAGACGUAACAUGUUUGUGGCCCAUAAAAGCAAAGUAAAGACUCAUUAUUGAGCCGGUGAUAAGCAGUAGCCUACACACAUCGUUAAAGUCCAUCUGCUGCUCAUAAUUGGUGAGGGUUUUGCUGCUUUGUAAGUAUCUGUCAUUCAAUACAGAAUAGUGUUAUUUUAUAUAUUCUAACACCAUGUCUCCUUUCCCAGCACACAGAGAAAAGCCAUAUAUAAACUUUUAUCAAUGCCGUUGAAGAAGACAGAUUCCUGGUGUGGCUGUCCAUCCCCGGACACGACUCGCUUCGCCCUCCUCGGCGUGCUCAUUGCCCUUUACAUGCUGGCUGGCGCCGUCUUAUUUUCUUCUUUGGAGAGAUCAGCAGAAAUGUUGAGCCACCAGCUUUGGGAGAAGAGGCUAAGGGACUUCACCGGCGAGCACAAUAUCAGUUACCAGGAUCUAAAUUCCCUUCUGCGCCACUACGAGGAGGCCAGGACGGCGGGCAUCCGUGCAGAACGAGGCAGAGCCCUGUGGGACAUCCCGGGAGCUUUCUACUUUGUGGGGACUGUGGUGUCCACCAUUGGAUUUGGAAUGACGGCCCCAUCCACAACAGCAGGGAAGGUCUUGCUUGUUUUCUACGGCUUGUUCGGCUGCUCGGCCGCCGUGCUCUUUUUCAACCUCUUCCUGGAGCGAGUCGUCACGCUGCUGAGCCUCCUGUUAAACCGGUGCCACUCCAACACCUUCCAACACGACCGACUGGAGGCAAGAGUCGGCGGAGUUGGCCCCAAAAAAGACGAGUGGAAGCCGUCCACCUACCAAGUGACUCUGAUCCUAUUCGCUGCCGUCAUGGCCGUCGCCUGCAGCGCUGCCUCUCUUUACUCGGCCAUGGAGGGCUGGACUUACUCGGAGUCGCUCUACUUCUGCUUUGUGGCCUUCAGCACAGUGGGCUUCGGAGACUUUGUGAGCGGCCAGAGGAAGCAACAUGAGGAGAUCCGAGCCUACCAGGUGGCGAACUGCGUCCUGAUGCUGCUGGGUGUGUGCUGCACGUACUCUCUCUUUAACACGAUCUCCACGAUGGUUGGACAAGGACUGGACUGCAUGAUGGCGACACUAGCUAGGAUGUGUGGUCCUUUCUGCCUUUGCAAGCUGAGACGUAGCUGCCUGUCUGACUGUGGAUCACCUACAUGCUGUCCUCGUGUUCCUCAUGCAUGUGAUGAAUGCCACUGUGAUGGAGCUAAAGUGGAAACCAUGUAGACCUGAGACCAGUGAUCCUCAAACGCCUAAGAAUUACUUAAUUUAGUCGGUGCGAUGCCAAGAGGGACGCAUGUGACCUCGGAGAACAUGUUUGUUUUUUUGCCGUACCAGAAUUUGAUGAAGCACAUGUACCACUUGGCUUCACUGUAACCACGGUGGGUGACGGGGAAAGACUGGUGUGUUGUUUCCUUUAAGGUUAACAAGCUUACAUUGUUAUGCAGAGGAAUAGAUACAACAAUUUUAUAGACAAAUUAUACUAUUUAAUGUCACGGUGGAGAGUGGCGGGGGCCUAAAAUAUUUCCUUCUUCCUAGGCAGAGAAAAUAUUUGAGACUUAAUUAAACAUUCAAACACAGUGUUACUGUUCAAA